UUAUUUGAUUUUUCUCAUAUUAAAUAGCAUUGACAUCAAUUUUGGUGUUAAUGUGGAAGUAAAUUGGUAUAAACUAUGUCAACUCCAAUAUGGCAAAUGCUUGCUCAUGACAGAAACCAUGUGCUAACACAGGAUGGAACAGAGAAAUGGAAGUUCUUUCACUGGAUUUAUCCUGCUGGGUUUCUCUGACAGGCCUCAACUGGAGCAGGUCCUCUUUGUGGUUCUUUUGAUCUUCUACGUCUUCACUUUGCUAGCAAACACAACCAUCAUCACAUUGUCCCAGGUGGACCCACAACUUCACACCCCUAUGUACUUUUUCCUCUCCAACCUAAGCUUUGUGGACCUGUGCUAUACUACCAGCAUUGUUCCCCAGCUCCUGGUUAAUCUCAGAGGAUCUGACAAAUCCAUCUCCUUUGGUGGUUGUGUGGUUCAGCUCUACAUCUCUUUGGGGUUGGGAUGUGCAGAAUGUAUUCUCCUAGGAGUUAUGGCACUUGACCGCUAUGCAGCUGUUUGCAAGCCCCUUCACUACACAGUAAUCAUGCACCCCCGUCUCUGUACCCUGAUGGCUUGUGCUUCAUGGAUCAUUGGUUUUGCUGACUCCUUAAUACAUACAGUGCUCAUCUUCCUUUUACCACUUUGUGGGAGAAAUGAAUUAGACCACUUCUUUUGUGAGGUCCCUCCUUUGCUCAAGCUUGCCUGUGUUGACACCUCUAUGAAUGAGUCUGAGAUCUUCUUUGCCAGUGUCAUCAUUCUUUUCAUACCUGUUACAUUAAUAAUGUUCUCCUAUGGUGGGAUUGUGAGGGCCGUCUUAAGAAUAAAGUCUUCUGCAGGGCAGAGAAAAGCAUUUGGGACCUGUGGAUCCCACCUGACAGUGGUCUCCCUGUUCUAUGGCUCAGCCCUCUAUGCAUAUCUUCAUCCCAGCAGCAAUGACUCCCAGGAUCAGGCCAAGUUCAUAUCUCUUUUCUACACAAUCAUUAUUCCCAUGAUCAAUCCCCUCAUAUAUACGCUGCGUAACAAGGAAGUGAAGGGAGCAAUAAGGAGGGUGCUUUGGAGGGACACUGCCUCCAGAUGAUGGGUGAGGAAGAUAAUUAAUUAAAGGACUUUGAUUGUCAGAGCUUUUUGCAUGUAUAUGUGGCCGAUAUGUUAUCCACAGUUUCCCUGGAGCCUCCGAAGGGAAUUCUUUACUUCAAUUCUCUUUCAAAUGUGAGUGUUCAAAAUCUAAGUUCAUGGCUUCAUUCCAACAUCCAGAGGUGCUGAUUCUGUGUCCCAUGAACAUCUGGUUUAUAUUUAUUAUUUUGAGGACUACACAAGUUUUUCUCAUUUGCACUCCUAUAUAGGAGCAUUAUUCCAUUUCUACUUGCAAAAAGACUUGUGAGUAAAUAACAGGAAGGCACAGCCAAAAUAAGAAUAAACCAUGGAAACACUGUAAGGACUACUAAUAUUUUCUAUCAUUUGCUAGAAGGAUAUCAUUUAUUCUUGCAUAUU